CCGGCGCGGAGGAGAUCUCCCCGGCCGCUGGGGGGGCCGCCGCCCGCUGCGCCACUGCCAGCCCGCGCCGAGCGGCGCCGAGGACGGAGCCGAGAAAGUAUGGCUGAAGAGGAGGCGCCUAAGAAGUCCCGGGCCGCCGGCGGCCGCGCGAGCUGGGAACUUUGCGCUGGGGCGCUCCCGGCGGGACCCGGCGCGGAGCCGAGCGGGGACGCGGGCAGCCGCCGCCGCCGCCGCCCGCGAGCUGACUCCGGACGCUUGGCGCGCCGGCUGCUGCUACUGCUUUGGCUGCUGGAGGCUCCGCUGCUGCCGGGGGUCCGGGGGCAGGCGGGGGCCCAGGGGCCGGGCCAGGGCCCCGGGCCGGGGCAGCAGCCCCCGCCGCCGGCGCCUCAGCAGCAGCAGAGCGGGCAACAGUACAAUGGCGAGAGGGGCAUCUCCAUCCCGGACCACGGCUACUGCCAGCCCAUCUCCAUCCCGCUGUGCACGGACAUCGCGUACAACCAGACCAUCAUGCCCAACCUUUUGGGCCACACCAACCAGGAGGACGCGGGCCUCGAGGUGCACCAGUUCUACCCGUUGGUGAAGGUGCAGUGUUCGGCGGAGCUCAAGUUCUUCCUGUGCUCCAUGUACGCGCCCGUGUGCACCGUGCUGGAGCAGGCGCUGCCGCCCUGCCGCUCUCUGUGCGAGCGCGCGCGCCAGGGCUGCGAGGCGCUCAUGAACAAGUUCGGCUUCCAGUGGCCUGACACGCUCAAGUGCGAGAAGUUCCCGGUGCACGGCGCGGGCGAGCUGUGCGUGGGCCAGAACACGUCGGACAAGGGCACCCCGACGCCCUCCUUGCUGCCGGAGUUCUGGACCAGCAACCCUCAGCACGGCGGCGGGGGGCACCGUGGCGGCGGCUUUCCGGGGGGCGCGGGCGCGUCGGAGCGGGGCAAGUUCUCGUGCCCGCGCGCCCUCAAGGUGCCCUCCUACCUCAACUACCACUUCCUGGGGGAGAAAGACUGCGGCGCGCCGUGUGAGCCGACCAAGGUGUACGGGCUCAUGUACUUUGGGCCCGAGGAACUGCGCUUCUCGCGCACCUGGAUCGGCAUCUGGUCGGUGCUGUGCUGCGCCUCCACGCUCUUCACGGUGCUCACCUACCUGGUGGACAUGCGGCGCUUCAGCUACCCGGAGCGGCCCAUCAUCUUCCUGUCGGGCUGCUACACGGCGGUGGCCGUGGCCUACAUCGCCGGCUUCCUGCUGGAGGACCGUGUGGUGUGUAACGACAAGUUCUCCGAGGACGGGGCGCGCACAGUGGCGCAGGGCACCAAGAAGGAGGGCUGCACCAUCCUCUUCAUGAUGCUCUACUUCUUUAGCAUGGCCAGCUCCAUCUGGUGGGUGAUUCUGUCGCUCACCUGGUUCCUGGCAGCCGGCAUGAAGUGGGGUCACGAAGCCAUCGAGGCUAACUCGCAGUAUUUUCACCUGGCUGCUUGGGCCGUGCCAGCCAUCAAGACCAUCACCAUCCUGGCGCUGGGCCAGGUGGACGGCGACGUGCUGAGCGGGGUGUGCUUCGUGGGGCUCAAUAACGUGGACGCGCUGCGCGGCUUCGUGCUGGCGCCGCUCUUCGUGUACCUGUUCAUCGGCACGUCCUUCCUGCUGGCCGGCUUCGUGUCCCUCUUCCGCAUUCGCACCAUCAUGAAGCACGACGGCACCAAGACGGAGAAGCUGGAGAAGCUCAUGGUGCGCAUCGGCGUCUUCAGCGUGCUCUACACGGUGCCAGCCACCAUCGUCAUCGCCUGCUACUUCUACGAGCAGGCCUUCCGGGACCAGUGGGAGCGCAGCUGGGUGGCCCAGAGCUGCAAGAGCUAUGCCAUCCCCUGCCCCCACCUCCAGGCGGGUGGAGGCGCCCCGCCCCACCCGCCCAUGAGCCCAGACUUCACAGUCUUCAUGAUCAAGUACCUUAUGACACUGAUCGUGGGCAUCACGUCAGGCUUCUGGAUCUGGUCCGGCAAGACCCUCAACUCCUGGAGGAAGUUCUAUACCAGGCUUACCAACAGCAAACAGGGAGAGACCACCGUCUGAGACCCCCGGGGGCUCAGCCCAGUCCCAGCCACCCCCAACACGCUGGCCCCGUGGAAACCUUGCCAGACCUGGCUACUCAAGGCUUCCUCGCUAGCCCUUCGCUUUUCGCAGGCUCCUUUUCACAACGCGGCUCCUGCAAAAGCUUCCGUCCCCGGGGGGCAAACGGACUGGAGGGCCCAACCGCCACAGGGGGGACAGAGAGACGCCUCUCUCGUCCUCACACUCUGGUACCUGGACUGUGUGCUUUUAUGAUUGUAAAUAGCCUGUGUAAGAUUUUUGUAAGUAUAUUUGUAUUUAAAUGACGACCGAUCACGCGUUUUUCUUUUUCUUCCUCUUCUUUUCUUUUUUUGGUUUUGUUCGAAUUUUAAUUAUUUAGGGGCCCGUUUAACCAUCUGAGGCUUUUCCUUCUUUCUCUUUUCAAAGUACUGCAGAGAUAAAACCGGAGCUCGCGGUGCUCCCCCUUGUUCUGGCACGCCCCUCCCUGCGGGCGGUGGGGUGCCUCUGGGCCCGGCGGCCCAAGUCGCUCGCCUCCUCCUCUUUCUACUCCCCCCACCCCCACCUUUCCCUUCAGUGCUUGGGGUCAGGACUCUUUAGUUACAGAGCUCCACAGAGUUUCCAAAACCGGGGGUAGGCCCCUGCCCAUCCCAGGCGUACCCUCGAGGAGCAGGAGGUCCCAGAUUGUGAAGGCCUUGUCCCUCUGACUAUCCGAAACUGAAUUUUUCUCUGUCGAGAACCUUACCCUUAGCUUCUAGGAGGCCCACAGAUACAGGCUGUGGCAGUCCCAGCCUCCUUCCACACCAGCUUCCAACGCCCAGGCACUCCCUCCUUCCACCUAAGUUGCUUAGAGGUUGAGUGGGAUAACCAGUGCCAAACUUUUUCAAGUCUAAUUUUUGGUGGAUGAGCUCAUUUCAUUCUCUAGUGUCUAAAACCUGGUAUGGGUUUGGCCAGCGUCAUGGAAAGAUGUGGUUGCUGAGAUUUGGGAAGAGGCAUGAAGCUUUGUGUGGUUUGGGAGAGACUGAAGAUGGGGAUUAUAAAAUGUUAAUUCUAAUUGCAUACGGAUGCCUGGCAAACUGCCUAUAGCACUGAGACAGCCCACAUUUCAGUUUUACCUUUCUGUAAAAAAAAAAAAAAAAAGAAAGAAACAGUAAGUCACCUGGAAAGCUUUGUUAAGGAGUUGAUCGCUGCUUUCCUUACCAGGACAGCAGACCGUUGAUAAAAGCUGAAUAGAAAAACUUGAAGGAGACUUCAGUGUAAUGGACUUUCUCAAAAUGAAGUGCUCCUUUCUUAUUUUUAAUCGAAUAAUAAUUAGACAUAUAUCAGAAACUUUAAAAUGUAACAGUGGCACACUUUCAGCAUAAGGUGAUGAUGAUUAUUCAGCAAUACAUUCUGAGGGAGGAAUAAUCCACAUCAUUAAAAACAAACCUUGUAAGAUUCCAGGAGGUAAAGGAAGUGGAAUAAUUGAUGGAGUUAGCUCCUGAAAUAAAUGAAAUAUGGGCAUGCAUGGUUAAGGGAAAGUGUGCAGUUUUCCUGCAUUGAAUCCUGUGUGCUCUUUUUUGGAUUUACAGAAAUGUGUCAAAUGUAAAUCUUUCAAAGCCAUUUAAAAAUAUUCACUUUAGUUCUCUGUGCAAAAGAGGAGGAUAGCAAUCCUCCUGAUUGUAUGGUUUUAAAUUUUAAGAGUUUAUCAAAAUGCCAGUACUUAGGACCUAAAUUUAUCUGUCUGUCAUACCCUAAAAAUGACAAUGGUCUUUGGAUUUGGUAUGCAUUUAUUCUGUUCAUGAUCACAAAGUCAUCUAUAUUUAUAGAGGAAUAGAAGUUUAUAUAUAUAAAAUACCAUAUUUUUAAUUUCACAAAUAAAAAAAUCAAAGUUUUGUACAAAAUCAUAUGGUUUUUGUGCCUGAAAAUAAUAGAGCUGGAACUAUCUGAACUAUCUUUGCAUUUUAUAAUGUCUCAAAGCCAGUCCCAAAGUAUAUAAAUUUAGGAAUUCAAUGAAAAAGUCUAUUCUUAAACAUUCAGACCAGCCCUUAAGUAUCCGACUUGCAGUGUUGAGACUGACAUUGCCAAGUUCCUAGACACAUCUGCUUUCAUGACAGUAAUAAUAUAAAAAAGAAGUUUCUAAAUUAUUUCUUUACUCAAAGAGGAUUAUUAAAAAGAGAAUUCUAAUUUUAAUAUUAAAGCUUUUUUUCUUUUUCCAUUUAAGGGGUAAAUUUACAUGACUUUUUAUAAUACAGAGUCUUAUUUAAAUUAUCAGGCACCACCUCGGUCACAAUUUUUUUGAGGUAUUGUCUUUUUCAUAAUCUUGGAUAUUCCGAAACCAUAAAUAGGCAAUCAAUUAAUGGUUAACUGACUGUGUUUCUAAACAUCUUAAACAGUAGUUGGGUAUAUAAGAUUGUUUCUGUUGUUUGCUUCGGAAGACACCAUUUUUAUAUUGUUCAAGGAACCUUUUCCAGAGAAAUUAUCUGGUUGGUCUACUCUUAGUCAGAAUUUAUACAUAUGUGUAUAUAUACACACACACAUAUAUAUACACAUAUGUACAUAUAUAUACAUGUGUGUAUGGCAUGUAUAUAUAGAUAUAUACAUAUGUGUAUGUAUCCAUAUUUUAUCUCUAUAUACAUAUAUACAUAAAUAUACACACUAAUUUUUAUAAAAUAGAGGUACAAAGUUUAUAUAUUUUACAAUAUGGAAAUAAGGUUAUGAGAAAUGGAAGAUGCCAGAUGGAAAAACCUCAAAUACCUUUGGAAAACAAGUCUCUUAUUCCAGACGAAAAAUAUUUAUAUUAAAUUUUCCCAUGAAAAUAUUUGGUGAUAAAAUGGCAAGGAACUAAAAUGAAGACCAUUGAUACAAUAGAGUUACUUUCAUGGUUAUAAAUGCAAUUAAUUAUCUUUUAAGUCAUUAUCAUUAUUUAUUUUAAGGCAAAUGAAAAAAUUUAAUUGAAAAUACAACAUUCAAUUUUAAGAAGAAAGAUGCAAUUUUAUGGUCUUUUUUCCUUUGUUUCAUUAAUCUAUUAUAGUAGAUAUCUGAGAAGGUUUUAUUGUGUAGACAUUUUAAAACAAUUCUUAGGCCAAAUUAAAACAUGUCUCCUCUCUAGGUGUUUCAAUCAUAAUUUCUGGGAAAAAAAUUUUAAAGAUUAUUAAUCUCAAUCCACGAAAUAAAUAUAAGGCAUUCUUAUUGUGGGUGUCCUUAUAAUAAGUAAAUUUGAUGCAGAAAGGUUUUAUAGUGCUGGAUUUAAAUCACCUUAAAAGUCAUUUUUGAAUCACCAUCAGGCUUUGUUUUUAGGAAAUAACUUGUUUAGAAUUGUGUAGCAAGCCAGUGUAUUCUUUUGUUUCUUUUGAUACUAGUGGCAAAAGAAGACUUUCCUGGAGAACCAUAAAGAUAUCCAGAAUAUGGUCCCAUUAGCAUGCUGUUUCCAUGACAAACCCUAUUUUCAGAUGGUUUUGUUUGCCUUUUUUUUUUUUUUAAAUCAGCUAUCAAUUGGAGUCAAUUUUCCCCCUCACAGUGUGUUUGAUUCAGCUUUUAUAGUAUAAAAAUGUAUACAGAAUAUGAAAGCCUUCUGAUGCUCUUUUUGAAAAAGCCAUUUUUCACUUAAACUUUGUGGGAGCAGAAAGUCAUAUUUUUAAUCUAAGAGCCAGCCAGUGUCAAACAUAUGCAAAACAGCUGGACCAGAUUUUUCAGUUUGUCUGGGGUAGUCACUCGUCAGCCUGGGUUUGCAGUCCUGGUCCUUUUGUCUCGACUGAGCAAUGAAGGCUUCUGCUAUAGUUAAAUCAUUCCUGAAGUCCAUCAUUUAACUGGGAAAGGAGACCACAGUGAAGAGUUGGUGGCCAAUUAAGAAACGAAUUGCCUAAACCACAAACCAUUUCAGGACUUGAGUGGCUUCAGAUCACUUUCACUGAUACCAUGUUUUAAUCUUUAAAAUAUUUUUUUUUAAAAGAUGCCAUAUUUUCAGGGUGUGUGUGUUUGUGUUCAACUACAGCUACUCUUGCCUUCGUUGCUUUCUAAUAUGUCAAUUGGCUAUAAGCCACAUUUUAUGUAACGUACAUGCAAUUAAUUGAAACCAGUAGUAUUACACUGGAUAUCUCUGAUACAUUCCUGAUUAUAACAUUCUGUAUAACUGGAGCUUGAGAGAUAAGAAUCAAAAUGUGAUCAUUACAUUUGUCUUGAGGUGGACGCUAGUGAUAUUGUUAUUGAAUACUUCACAGAAUAUAGUAAUUUCAAAGUCUUGCAGGAUUAAUCUGUAGGAGCCAAAAUGAGAUGUGGAUUACGUAUAAGAAUUCUCCAGUUACAUUACUAAAAAGGAAUCGUAAUACAGCCUUAAAUUCAAGGCUUUUAUUUUAAGGCACUGACAUUUGAAAUGAGGUCUUACAAGGUAUGUACAAAAAAACCGUAAAGCGUUUUUUGGUGAUUUCUAAGAUUGAUGCCUAUAUUUUGAACUGUUGACAUAUGCUAAUAGCCCUUAGAAUUUGAAAAACAGUAGUUGAGCUUCAAACAUGACUCCAUUUCCUUAAACUUUUUGGACUUAAAUAUUUCUAUUUACUUUGGUCAUAGCUUUUGACAAUGAAUUCAUUAAACUAUAACAAUUAUAGUAACAAAACAGCUUAUUUGGAACCUAGUGACGAAAAGGUAGACUCUAGACUAAUUUUCUUAAGUAGUAUCAUGGUCUGUGGUGACAACUGUCUCUACCCCAUUACAGAACCAAGUUCCUGUUUAAAAACCUCCUGUUUAAAAAAAAUAUAUAUCUCCUGUUGGAGAUUUUUGUUUAUAAGUUGGUUUGGGACCCAAGUAACAGGUCAAAUAAGAGAAUUUCUCACAGAAAUCUUCUCAUGUAGUGAUUUGGCUCAUAUACAAUCUACAAGCACAUCCUAUAAUUAACAUAUAAUAAAUAUUCUGAGAGUUAUCAGUCUUA